AUGGCCACUGCCCAUGUCUCGCGCAAACCAAUAUAUCUGGUUCUCGACUGGGAUAGCACUCUCACUACCGGAGACACUAUGUCACUCCUUGGCAACGUACCCAAAGUCCGAGGUCGUGGAAUGACACCAGCUACUGCAGAAUAUCCGGCAUGGGGCAGCUUCUUCAGUGCUUACAUUGAUGACUACAAAGCCCACAAAGCUGCACACUACCCGCAAUCUCAGGAGGCCUGCCAUGAAGAGUAUAGUCAAUGGUUGCAAAGCCUGGACGCUGUCGAGCUUGCUAGCUCGCGAAGAGUGUGCCAUUCGGGCUUCUUCACAAAUUCCAGAUCGCAGCAUGUCCGCGAUGUAGCAUCUGAUGCCCUCCUGUCCGGUCAAUUGGCUAUGCGCACUGGCUGGAAGGAUCUGUUUAGGUUGUUCUCACAUGACGAAAGUAUGCUAGCACCGACCAGUAGUGUAUCGAUUCUGAGCGUCAAUUUCAGCGCGACAUUUAUACGAUCAGCAUUGCGGUGUGCUGUGCCCGAGUCAGGUGCUGCGCCACGGCCCGAACAGAACGAUAUCGUGACAAUGGUCAAUGACAUGGUUAUCGAAGCGAACGAAAUCGACGGGCUAGACUCGCCCGAAGGCUCGUCCGGACGUCUCUACAGCAGCAUUCGUACAGCGCAGCACAAGCUGGCACGGGUUACGACGUUGCGCCAAGAACAUCAAGCUGAGCAGCCCAUCGUGGUUUACGUUGGUGACUCUGCUACGGACUAUGAGUGCUUGCGAGCAGCGGAUAUUGGUAUCUGGAUUUGCGACUGUACAGAGCGUGACCACCAAAAGAGGUUUGCAGAGGUCUUCAAACCUCUCAGUCUCGAUGUGUUUAGCCCUAUAGCCAUCGAGAGGUGGGAAAGCGAUCAUGUCCCGGGCAAGACAUGUCUUUGGACACCAGGCCUCGACCGCAUUGUGGAGCUUCUGAGUGAUCUGGGUAUGCAUACAUCUACACAAUCUAAUACAAAGUAG